CUGUUAUACCAAACAGUGUUUUUUUGUUUCUGUAAUCAUAAAAAGACAAAAAUUACAUAUAUACAAACACAUCAGCACAUCAGCUGCAAUAGAUGUAGGAAGACUAAAAGUUUUGAGAGCCACUUUUUUUUGUUUAUCUGAAAAAAGAUAUUAACAAAAAAGUAAUUUAUCCGAUUUCUUGAUCUCCCUGGCUAAAUUUGUUUUGAUAAUAAAGGAAGGCUAUGCAGGAAAACAUAAGAACACUUGGAGAUGGAAUGGAUAAUAUUUCAUUGAAUGAUGUUUGCAGAUUUAAUCAAACAUCUAGGUUCUCUCCAGUACGACCCAAGUUGAAAAUUGAUAAAAUUAGAUCUUUUACUCCUGUUGAACCAAAAUCUCAGGUUUACUCUUUGGUACCAAGAUAUGUCCCUAAAAUGAGAAAAGCACCAAAGUACCUUAUCAAGAAACCAAAAGAACCUAAAUUUGUACCUUAUGAACCUUAUAAAGCAGCAGUUGAAUCAAUAAUAUCACAGAAAACUCCAAGUAUUCUAACUGAUAAUUCAAGAACCUCCAAGAAUGAUAUAGAAAUUCUUGAACUUGUUAAUCAGAUGUCCGAAAUGAGAAAAUUAGAAUUGAAUAGAAAAAGUUCCCUUGAAGAUGAAAAGGGAGAGUCCUAUAAACUUCUAAAGCAGUGGGCAAAAGAAAAAGAAGAACUUCUUGUUGAUAUAAAAAAUUUACGUGAAAGUAAUUCUCACCUGGAGAAUCAACUGAAGUUCCAGGCACAGGU